UACAGCCAAAAGAUAAACAAGGCAGAAAGCAAAGCCUAACCGUUUUGUUAACUCAAGGGCAUAGAUAGAUAUGCUGAUGCAGUCCAUUUUGGGUCGCAAGUCACCUUCACUUUCAUCUACAGGUGCCUUCACUCCUCUCCCUUUGUUGUGCUCAAGUUGUCUCAAAUACUCUGAUACGUACAAGUUCCAUGGUUCUUUCACUCACUCAAAGCGCAGAAAGGGUGUGAAAGAAGUCAAAUUUAUAGCAUUAACUGAUCAAAACCAUGCAACUACUAACUGCCCAAAUGGUGAGGAACUCUCUGGCGAGUCAUACAACCAUUUGAUAAGUGAUUUUUGUAGAGCAGGCCAAAUUGACAAGGCCAUGGCUCUUCUUGCUGAAAUGGAAGCUCUUGGGGUUCGACCCAAUUCAAUCUCUUACGCUCAUUUGAUUGACGCUCUUGGAAGUACUGGCAGGACUUUGGAGGCUGAUAUGUUGUUUCAGGAAAUGAUAUCUUUUGGGUUUAGGCCAAGAAUUAAGCUUUACAAUGUUUUGCUCAGAGGGUUUUUGAAGAAAGGCCUCUUAGGACUGGCAAUUAGAGUUUUGGCGGUAAUGGGUGAUUUGGGGGCCGAGAAAAAUCAAGAGACAUAUGAGAUUCUUCUUGAUUACUAUGUCAAUGCUGGGAGGUUGGAAGAUACUUGGUCAAUGAUUAAUGAGAUGAAGCGGAAGAGGUUUCGGCUAAGCUCAUUUGUGUACAGUAAGGUUAUUGGUCUUUACAGGGACAAUGGAAUGUGGAAGAAAGCAAUGGACAUUGUGGGCGAGAUAAGGGAGAUGGGGAUGGCAUUAGACAAACAGAUUUACAACAGCGUUAUUGAUGCAUUUGGGAAAUAUGGUGAGGUGGAUGAAGCUUUGGAAGUGUUUGAGAAAAUGAAACAAGAAGGUGUAAAGGCUGAUAUAACGACUUUUAAUUCCUUAAUACGUUGGCAUUGUAAGGCUGGGGAUAUAAGUAAGGCACUUGAUUUGUUAUCUGAGAUGCAGGAACAGGGGUUAUAUCCUGAUCCAAAGAUCUUUGUCACCGUUAUCAGCCGACUGGGGGAGCAGGGGAAGUGGGAUAUGAUACAGAAGACUUUUGAGAAUAUGAAACGCCGAGGGCAUAAGAAAAGUGGGACCAUUUAUGCUGCUUUGGUUGAUAUUUAUGGGCAAUAUGGAAAAUUUAAGGAUGCAGAGGAGUGUAUAUCUGCCUUAAAGGCGGAAGGUCUUAUUCCUUCAGCCAGCAUGUUUUGCGUCUUAGCAAAUGCCUACGCUCAGCAGGGAUUAUGCGGACAGACAGUUAAGGUACUUCAGCUCAUGGAAGCUGAGGGAAUUGAACUGAAUGUCAUAAUGCUGAAUGUGCUGAUGAAUGCAUUUGGUGUUGCUGGUAGACAUUUAGAGGCUUUAUCCAUUUAUCACCAUAUAAAAGAAAGUGGUUUUAGCCCUGAUGUGGUUACGUAUACUACCCUCAUGAAGGCAUAUAUUCGGGCAAGGAAGUUCAAUAAGGUCCCUGAGGUUUACAAGGAAAUGGAACAUGCUGGAUGCACUCCGGAUAGGAAGGCUAGGCAGAUGUUAAAAGUUGCUUUAAUUGUCCUUCAACAGAGGAAUUGUGAGUAGUAGUGAAUGGUUGGGUUGUGAUGCAAUGUGCUUGUUCAAUCUGGUAUGGACACAGGCUAUGAUCCUUUCAGCAGCAGUCAAAAGACGGUCUUACGUGAUGGCUGUGCCGUUUUUUUACAAACGCUUCAAACCAGAUGCGGUGUUAACUUUCGCCACAUUAAAAUGCACAACUGAUAAAGCAGCAAGAGUUGCACUGAUGAACUGGUGUAAUAUGUUGGAAAGACAACAGCUAAGACUAGCCCCUCUGGUUUAGCAGUUGGAAACAUGGACAACAGAGCAAGGAAGUGCAACACAAACUCUCACUUCAAAGCACGAGCAUUUUCGUGGGCCAUCAACUUGGUGCCUGCCUAUGCAGGGCAGCAUUGGUUACGAUGUUAGAAACUUGAUUAUAUAGCUUGUGCUGCAACUCAAACAGGCGUGUUUCCAUACACCGUAGCCGAAUGUAGUGGAACUUGGCAUUUCAAAGUGCCAGUUUUUAGUGCUGCUGCCAUACGGGGUACACCGUAGCCGAAUGAAUUAAUUACAAUUAUCAUCUCAUUUCAUGUGGUUUGACUCACAUGAAUUGUCAAUGACAAUAUACAUUUGUGAUAAGUUGGAUAUUUAUUAAACUUAUGUGAGGAA